AACAAACAAAAUCUUAGAUUCGUUACAGUUCUCACACCACAGACAAUUCCGUACGUUCGAAAUGGGGAGCUUCCUUCGAUUCUUGACUGUCGUCUUCGUAAUCGGCACGUCCAUUAGAGACGACUUCAUCGUUGUCGCUAAUGCAGCCGACUGGGGCUUCUCGUUCCCCUACAACUACUGCAGCAACGUCCCGAUUGAAGAAUGGAGCGGGCUAGGACAGACGCGAACCAACAUCCUCUCGGACCUGGUCAAGCUCCACUGGCAGCCGCGGUACCGGUCCCAGCCAUUGACGUGCAUCAGGGAGACGAGGGACAAGGCCACCAUGUGGGCUCGAGUCGAGUGCCUCGUCGAUCCGGCCACCGACACAUGCAACCGCUGCCUCAUCGCCGCCAAGAACUUCAUGGACGGGAAAUGCAGGUACUUCACCGGCGGGCGGAUUGAGGAGAAACACAGCACUUGUAAGAUGCUGUUUGCUGAUUUCGACGUUUGUGCUAGUUAAGUGGUUUUGAUUGGUUUUAGAUGUAGCUUGCGUAGUUUAAUCAAUUUAUUAGGGUGGAGGAAAUAAUGUUACAUCGAUUAUGGAUGUGUUGCAUUGGUGAAGCUAAAGUGAUGAAUAAAAUUUUGAUGAUGCA